UUUGUGCUUCACUGAGGACAGAUAUUUCACUGAGAGCCAUGCAGCAUAAAGGCAUCAUGCUGAUUGUAUUCUUGGAAUAUUUUAUUUCUGGCCAUGGGGAAGCAGAUCCCACGAGGCUACAAGGCUACCGCUGCAACGGCCGGUCAUGCAAUCCUCCAGUGGGCAACCUGGCGACCGGGAGGACACCAGCCACUCUCACCACCUGUGGGCAGAACAGCACCGAACUGUACUGCUUCUACCCGGAUCAGAACCUGCUCCAUCCGGCGGCCCAGGGCUGCGGACAGCCUCGCUGCACCAAGUGCAAUGCCAACCAGCCGGAUAACUCCCAUCUCCCUGCUGACAUGACGGAUGACUUCUUUGCAAACCCCAUCUCCUGGUGGCAGUCUGCCCAAGGGGUGCACAGAGAGGAAAUCAGGCUGGACUUUGAAACUGAAUUCUACCUGACCCACGUCAUAGCCGUGUUCAAGUCACCUCGCCCAGCUGCGAUGGUGCUGGAAAGGUCCCAGGACUAUGGGCAGACUUGGAGGCCCUACAAAUAUUUCUCUGCCAACUGUACAGCUACUUUUGGGCUCCAGGAUGACCUCAUUGAGGAGGGCUCCAUGUGUACAUCCAGGUACUCCGAUGCAGUGCCCUGCACCAGAGGAGAGGUGAUUUAUCGUGCCUUAACUCCGGCUAACAAGAUUGAAGACCCCUACAGUCCUGAGGCCCAAGAUCUUCUGAAGCUCACGAACCUUCGUCUCCUGCUGUUAAAAAGACAGGAAUGUCCGUGCCAUGGCUCAGCAUUGCUAGAGAAGCCUCAAAGAUUUGCCCAUUAUGCUAUUUAUGACCUGAUUGUCCGGGGAAGUUGCUUUUGUAACGGGCACGCAGAAGAAUGUCAGCUUGCCAACAGCACAGGAGACACAGAGAACGUGGUCCAUGGGAAGUGCAUGUGCAGGCACAACACAGCGGGGGAUCACUGUGAGAAGUGUGCACCGCUAUAUAACGAUCAGCCCUGGAAACCAGGGGAUGGAAAAACAGGGGCACCGAAUGAAUGCAGAAAAUGUCGCUGCCACAACCAUGCUGAGAGCUGCCACUUCGACCUGAGUGUGUGGCUGGCAUCAGGCAAGCGCAGCGGUGGCGUCUGCGACAGCUGCAAGCACAACACCGAGGGACAUCGGUGCCAAAGGUGCAAACCGGGCUACUACCGAGAUAGGAGUAAACCCCUGUCUUCUGCAGAGGUCUGCAAACCUUGCUCCUGCCAGCCAAUGGGUUCAGCCAACGCCACCUUCAGCAGAAGCUGGCGAUGCCACCCCAAGACGGGAUUCUGCUACUGCAAGCCUGGCGUGGCGGGCCCCCAUUGCGACAGAUGUCUCAUGGGCUACUGGGGCUUUGGAGAAAAUGGCUGUCGUCCUUGUGACUGUGCCAGAGACUGCGACCAGCACACUGGAAACUGUUUCAAUGGCUAUGACAACGAACCAUUCUUUAACAUCCCCAUUGGAGGACGAAUCCCUGACCUUGUGCAAAUGCCCACUAAUGAGAGCGAAGACGAGUGGAAAUGGAAUGACCAUGAGCAGGGAUUUUCGGCUCUGAGACACCCAGAAAAGUGUGUGUGCAAAGAGAGGGUGCUUGGAAGUGUCACUGAUUUCUGCCAAAUGAAAUACGCCUACGUGAUAAAAGCAAGAAUCCUAUCAGCUCAUGACAAAGGGACCCAUGCAGAAGUUGUUGUCAAAGUGAAGAAGGUCCUGAAAUCGGGCAAAGUAAAAAUUGCUCGGAGCAACAGAAGCAUUUUCCCAGAAUCCUGGACCAACAGGGGAUGCACCUGUCCCAUUCUCAAUCCUGGUACUGAUUAUCUUAUAGCAGGCCAGGAGGACUCUAGGACCAGCAAACUCCUUGUGAAUAUGAACAGUUUGGUGAAACCCUGGAAAGCACAUUUGGGAAAACAAGUCGCAGACAUUCUUCGAACGGGAUGCAAGUAAUUUCUGCUUCAGAAGUUAAAAGCGACGAACUUUUCCUUUCAAUAGCGCUGCAGUGAGAGGUGUAGUUAGUUCCUUCAUUCCUACUCAACAAGCUCCUAGCCGAAGCAAUGAAAGCAGAUUUGCCAUCCUUUCUCCUUUCAUGUGCCUAGACAGCAAACCCGAGACAAAAUUACUUUUAAUCAGAAAAAGCAAACACAUACUCUUAUGCAAAAUUACUUGUUGCAUCAUACAUAGGUUGUAAGUCAGUUCUUAAUGUGAGCCUGAUUCCACCACACCCAGAGAAUCAUUUUGCAGGGCAAAACUGAAGAUACAGACUAAUGUUUCAACACUUCAGGCAAAAGCCUGAUAUUAACACAUAGGGGCUGCUUACCUAGUGCAAUCACUACUCGGGUGUAAUUUUCUUUAAGUCACCACUAACCAGCAGCAAUUUGUCAGCUUUACAGGUGCCAUAAUACUAAACAAGCAUGAAGUUAUUUAAAAGAGCUCAGAUAUUUUUAUUUACCAUCAAACUGCGAUUAGACCAAUAGCUCCUUGCUUUCUAGAGGGCAAAACUAGCACUUUGCUACACAGAGACUAGCACGGGACUUAGUUCUGCUCAAUCCUCUACGGAUGUACAUGGCUAUUAUAAUUGUCAGUGCUGAGCUCUGCUGGCUCAGUGGCUCAAUUUUGGUUUCAAACCCCACUCUUGCUCUCAAAGAUGGUUUUGCUUUUUGCUGCAGUCCUUCAGUCUGUAACACUAUGAAAGGUUUCAUAGCAAUUACCACCAAAAAGCCUCAUGCUAGGAUAGAAGCACCAAGACACAAGACAUGAAGAACUAGAGCUGCUCUAAAGUUGAGGUUAGGAUACUACCAAGCCAAGAGAAAGAGGUGACAAAGGGAGUGGUUGGACUGUGCAUUAAAAGAGGUAACUACAGGGACCUGGGAGCCACUUGGCUACCCAACUGUGCUCGAGACCCCUGGCAUUUGAUUGCCCUUGGCACUUCAAUUCAGCUUUACUGCUCUCAGCCACACCUGUGAGUUAAAAUACUGAAGCUGGGCUGUCUUCUUCUGUUGCUCCAACAUUUUUUUCCAGAGAGGUCUAAGGGUGGUAACAUGUGCAGCCAAGGUAAAGCACUUCUGCUCUCAAAAGCAUUCCUCCCAAACUCACUUAGCCUAGUCUGCAGUAAUUAAGAGGUAGCUAAGGAAACGAAAACUUCCUCAAAACACUCUCUUAGGGAAUGAUUUAAGACUUCUGCUCCUCUGACAGGAACCAUGAUCAAGCGAAGCUGGGUCGGUUCCUUCAUUAAGUAAAGCAUAAAUUAUAAAGAGUUGGUCUAUUGUUUUGCAGAUUACAGGGGACAAACACACACACAUGCUACUUCUGCAUGCUUUUUUCAUGCUCCUAAAGAAGAAGGGAAGAAAUAUCUUCCUCUAGCACUCUAUGACUGGCAUAUAGAGUCUGCAGAAAAAGCUAAGCCUAAUGCAAAAGCAUAGAAAUGCCAGGUUAUGAUGUGAAACUUGGGUAAAUCAGUUUGUUCUCUUGAUCACUAGGGACCUAAGAGCCUCUUUCAGUCUCUUGGUUACUGUUUUCCUUUUAGCUUAGGGUUGACUGAACAGAGAACAACUAAGGUCAUUUGGAAGUGGAAAACAGGCAGGUAUUUACACAAUAAAAGUUUCACUUUUCUCCCAAGGAACAGUGUUUCUUCCCCCUCUUUUUCAGGAACUCUCCCCCUCCAUUGUCAUAACAUUCCUUAUUUCUCUCCAUUUGUCUUGAACACACUUUAUUAUUUAUUUGUUGUUACCUAAUGCAGUCUCCAACAAUGUGGCAUCUCCAGCAAGCCAUUUAAUUAAUGCAAUAAAACACUUCUUAACCAGGGAAUCUGGCUUAAUUUGAAAUGUCAGCUUAUAGAAAUUAACAGCAUAGCAACUGCUUGCUUUAUUGGCUCCAGAAAGUGUUUCACAGCAAAGUGUCAAAGACCACAAAAAAUAAAGACGUCGACAGGACUUCCCAGCAUGUGCUCAAAGGCAGCUUCAGAAGCAGCAAAAAUCAAGCUCAAGUUUAGAACUGAAGAGCCCUUUUCAACACAGCAUUUUGUCUGCUAAAGAUUUUACUUACCAUCAUACUCCACUUUGGUUAAAUAGUACCCCCAUUAAGGGAAACUUGU